CAGGUCACUUUCAAGAUGGAGAGUGGCGUAGGAAAGCACUGGACUGAGGAAGAGGUUAAAGCUUUGCUAAGUGUCUGGGGAAAAAAUAUUAAAAAACAACUUUACGGAACACUGAGAAAUAAAGGAAUAUUUAUUUACAUUGCUAAAAGGCUGCAAGCACUAGGAGUAUAUAGAGAUUGGAAACAGUGCUGGGCAAAGUAUAAAAAUCUCAAAUAUGAAUACAGAACAGUUAAAUAUGCCCAUAACUCUGGAGACAGCUCUAAAACUAUGAAGUUCUUCCAUGAUUUGGAUGUGAUCCUGCAGUAUGAACCUGCCAGACAAUUAACAGAAGAAGAUGCAAAUGGCAGGUACCUGGAAAUCCUGAGCCACAGUCCAGUCCCACAGACUACUGAAGCAAAUGAAGGAGGAAAACACUGGACUGUGCCAGAAGUCAGGGCUCUAAUAAGCAUCUGGUCUGAUAAAAGCAUACAGCAACAACUAGAGGGAAGAGUGAGAAAUAAAAGAAUAUUUGAACAAAUCGCUGACAAGCUUCAGAAAUAUGGAAUGAGAGACUGGAAGCAGUGCAGAACAAAGUACAAAAACUUAAAACAUGAAUACAAGAUUGUGAGAAUGGCUCAAGACCUGGGCAUGACUAAGAGUAUGAAAUUUUUUACUGAGUUGGAUGCUAUUCUGGGACAUAAUAAAACAGAAAAAUCACAAGAGCAGGCACCCCAAGAUGGAGAACAAGUUACAGGACAUGCCAAUGUAAAAAUGGAAGAGGACCAGACAGAAUUAGUUGAAGGUCACACCAAAAUCCCAAGAAUUUUGAGCAUCAAGAGAAAAGCACACAAAGAUGAACCAGUGUCUGUACCUCCUAGGAAAACUGCUCCUGAGAUCAUUGCAAAUUGGUUUCCUCAAAGCAAAGCAGAACCAAAAGGUUUUACAGAAUGUUUCUGCAGACAGGAGACCCUCUACAUGACCCAACUUCAUCAGAGCCCUGCCACUCCUCAUAGCGCGCCUGCUGCCCCUGGCCCACUCAGGAUAAUGGCGACCGCAGAGGUACUGAAUGUUGGUAAAAAACUCUACGAGGGUAAAACAAAAGAAGUCUAUGAAUGGUUAGAUAGUCCAGGACAAGUCCUCCUGAAGUCCAAGGACCAGAUUACAGCAGGAAAUGCAGCCAGAAAGAAUCACCUGGAAGGAAAAGCUGCAAUCUCAAAUAAAAUUACCAGUUGUAUUUUUCAGUUGUUACAGGAAGCAGGUAUCAAAACUGCUUUCAUCAAAAAAUGUGGUGAGACAGCUUUUAUUGCACCUAAGUGUGAAAUGAUUCCAAUUGAAUGGGUUUGUAGAAGAAUAGCAACUGGUUCUUUUCUCAAAAGAAAUCCUGGUGUCAAGGAAGGAUAUAUGUUUUACCCGCCUAAAGUGGAGAUGUUUUUCAAGGAUGAUGCCAAUAAUGACCCACAGUGGUCUGAGGAACAGCUAAUUGCUGCAAAAUUUUGCUUUGCUGGACUUGUUAUAGGCAAAACUGAAGUGGAUAUCAUGAAUCAUGCAACACAGGCUGUUUUUGAAAUCCUGGAGAAAUCCUGGUUGCCUCAGAACUGUACCCUGGUUGAUAUGAAGAUUGAAUUUGGUGUUAAUGUAACCACCAAAGAAAUUGUCCUUGCUGAUGUUAUUGAUAAUGAUUCCUGGAGACUCUGGCCAUCAGGAGAUCGAAGCCAGCAGAAAGACAAACAGUCAUAUCGUGACCUCAAGGAAGUAACUCCUGAAGGGCUCCAGAUGGUGAAGAGAAAUUUUGAGUGGGUUGCAGAAAGAGUAGAGUUGCUUCUGAAAACAGAAAGUCAGUGCAGGGUUGUAGUAUUGAUGGGCUCAACUUCUGAUAUCAGUCACUGUGAAAAAAUCAAGAAGGCUUGUGGAAAUUUUGGCAUUCCAUGUGAACUUCGGGUAACAUCUGCCCAUAAAGGACCAGAUGAAACUCUGAGAAUUAAAGCAGAAUAUGAAGGGGAUGGCAUUCCUACUGUAUUUGUGGCUGUGGCAGGCAGAAGCAAUGGUUUAGGACCUGUGAUGUCUGGUAACACUGCAUAUCCAGUUAUCAGCUGUCCUCCCCUCACUCCAGACUGGGGAGCUCAGGAUGUAUGGUCUUCUCUUCGACUACCCAGUGGUCUUAGCUGUUCGACCAUACUUUCUCCAGAAGGAUCAGCUCAGUUUGCUGCUCAGAUAUUUGGAUUAAACAACCAUUUGGUAUGGGCCAAACUGCGAGCAAGUGUAUUGAACACGUGGAUUUCCCUGAAGCAGGCUGACAAGAAAAUCAGAGGGGGCAGUUUAUAAGAAAGAAUUUCAUAGCAUUUUUUCAGGAGAAAAACUAUGUCUAGUUUAGCUGCAGAAAAAAAUCAAGCAAAAUGAAAAGAUUUUAAAUCAGUUGAACAUAAAAUUAGUGAAUAAAUGCUUCUCUAGGUUAGUGGAUUAGAAUAUAUGUACAUAUUUAUUAAUAUUUCUUUGCAAGAAGCAAAAUUACUACAUCUAAAAAUCAUUUUAUUCACUAUAUAGUCAUUGUUAGGUAACAUAAUCAAAUGUUUCUUAAAUGAUAAUCUUAUUAUAGAGCUUUAAAUUACUACUUGGCCUAUAUUUCAACACAUAAGUGUUAGAAAGUUAAAAUAAUUGUAUCUUAGAAAGGGUGGUAAGACAUAUAGUCCUUUUUCACAUGUUCCUAUCAUCUGUACAAAAUCUCAAGUAGGGAUCAAAUUGUACAUUAGGCUGAUAUAGAUGGUCUUCCAUUUUCAACCUUUUUGAAGUUGAUCGUGUCUAAGGACUUAAAACAUAAACUCUUAAUAUCUCUUUUACAAUACAGAUUACUUUGAAAAUAUGAAUGCCAUUGACCUCCCUAGAAAAUUGCACAGUAAGUUUACCAAGAGUCCAUUGGUUCUUGGGUUCCCUUGAAAUCUGUCCAGGAUCAGUUAAGAAUUGCUGAUGUAACCCAUUAGGGUUACAGAAUUUUCCUCAUAAUUUUUGGAUUGUCACAUAUCUGUACCUUUAGUUCUUAGAAUGUCCUCAUUUCUGUCAUUAAUAUUUGUUAGUUACUAGAGCUUCAUCUUCACAGUCUUCGUGAAACCUUCCUAAUCACCUCAAGCUAAGAUGGCUGGGUACAAGUAGUUCUUUCUCUGUUGGACUGUAAGCCCCAAGAGAGGUGAAAAUAAAAUUUUACUCUUUAUUUCCCUCACACUGCCUUAGGCUCUGAUGUGCUAUGCCUAGCUGUCUGCCAGAUAAGGGGAAAUUAUAAAAAUCAUGUACUACUUAAUUUUCUAUCUUAUGUUAGUUCAAAAGAACAAUAAAAGAUUUUAACAUCAUUAAGCUUAAGCUCCAUGAUUUCUGAAUAAUCAUUGGCUGCUAUUUCAGUUCUUCUAUCCCUACCUAGCAAAACUCCACCUGUUCCUGUGCAGUGUAUGAAAAAUUAAAAACACUGAUGUAGCCUGUUGGAUAGGACUGAUGGAUAGAACUGACCAUUAUCAAUGGUCAUUAUGAAUUUCACUAUUAGUUUCCAAGUAAAUGCAUACAUAUAUGCUCAGUAGUACAGUUCAUUAGUGCUAGAGUAAAUACUUGAAAGUAUUUUAACUCAUAAAAAGUAACUUGCACAAACCUACCUGGUACGCCAUUUUUGGGUGUUUAUACUUUCUAUGGGCUUGUAGCUAAACAUGAAAAAUUGUAAUAAAAAAUGUUCUUAAACUUUGUUUCAUAAAGGCAUGUUUAGAACUGCUGUUACUUUAAUGCCUUUUGAAAUUUAAACACUGAAGCCAAAUAAAAGACAAAAGAUAA